UAAGGUAGGGACAAGGAUAAUCAUCCAUUUCUUCGUAGUUUUACAAUUAUAACUGUUUGUUCUAACUUCUUGUUGGUUGUGAUCAUGGCUUCUCUUUUCGGAUCAACUUCAUUUCUCUCCCACCCACUUACUAGAACUUAUCACUUAGCUUCCUCACAAACCCCUUCACCUUCAACCCCACCUUCCCAACCGCCGCAAACUCCGCCGUCCCCAUCUCCAUCUCUGAGCGCUUCUUCAUCGGAGCAACUUAAACCAGCCCCAUCAAAGGUGGAACAACAGAGGUCUACCACCAAUGUCGAUUCUACGGAUUGGAUUGCUUCAACUUUGACAAGACGAUUUGGGCUUGGCGCUGGCCUUGCGUGGGCUGCUUUUCUCGCCGUUGGUGUAGUCUCCGAACAAAUCAAAACUCGCCUCGAAGUCUCUCAAGAAGAAGCUAAUACAAGAAACGUUGAAAAGGAAGAGGAAGUGGUGCUACCCAAUGGCAUAAGGUAUUAUGAGCUGCGAGUAGGUGGCGGCGCCGUACCGAGGACGGGGGACUUGGUUGUGAUUGAUCUGAAGGGAAAAAUACAAGGAACUGAUGAAGUAUUCGUAGAUACAUUUGGAAAGGAAAGAAAGCCACUGGCUUUGGUGAUGGGCUCAAGACCUUACAGCAAAGGAAUGUGUGAAGGCUUGGAAUAUGUGCUGAGAUCCAUGAAAUCAGGUGGUAAGAAGAGAGUUAUAAUUCCUUCAAGUUUGGGGUUUGGAGAGAAUGGUGCUGACUUAGGAACUGGGGUUCAAAUUCCUCCAUUUGCAACUUUAGAGUAUGUAAUUGAGAUUGAUAAGGUUUCCAUUGCACCUGCUUGAACUGAUCUUUGAUGCACAUAGCUAAACAAUAGAACAUAUUUUGCUUCUCUUCUUCCUUGCAUUUCUUUUUUUCUUUCCUUUUCAGGUGUUUGUUUCCCACAUGAUUUUUUGUUCCUUUGUAGUUCAUCAAAAUAUAGAGAAAGGAACACAACAGAAGGAUCCUUUCAUUAGCUUUCUAUCUUUCCCCAUGAACUCUGCAAUAUGGUUUGGAAUAAUAUUAAUACAUUCUAUUGUUUUCUGUUA